GGCUGACGAUUCAUUUCCAUGCUGGAACCCACUGCUUCUAGGUGUUUUCAUGCCACCUCCUUCUCCAGUCUAGCAUUCCCUGGCCUCUCAAUCAAGAAACAAAUCGAAACCCAAACCGUCUUACCAAAGUAGGAACUAGGAAUUAAGAAAAGAGAACAACCUUUAACCUUUAAAAACCUUCCUAAACUCCCUUAAAUUUCAGACACCCAAUCCCUCAUCCUCUUCAAUCCCUUCACCAAAACGCAAUUUCAUCAAGUAUCCGAAAAUAUGUCCAUCGAUGAUGUAUGGACAAAGCCACCAUCAAAGCCAACAAGGAGCAUCUUUGGAUACUUUGUGUAGUAGUGGUCAGCAAAAAGUCCUCGACGCCAUCAAAGGCUUUCUUCACUAUUGUCUGUCGAAAACAAAUCUUCAUUUAACAGCUUCUAGACUGAAAUCCAGUAUCAGAGGUUAAAGAUAUUUAUGAUGGUGGGGAUUAUCUGGUUUUGGUCACCACUGAUCAGCAGAGUGUAUUUUAUAGGGUUCUUGCUUCUAUUCCAUUCAAAGGCUAGGUUGGUUUGGUAGAAUCUGCUAGACCCUCUGUUGAACACGUGGGGAUUAUCUUUAUCUUCUGCAUGUGUUUUGGUAGAAUUUGUUGGACCCUCUGUUGAAAAGCUUAAUAAUGUCCUUAAUUCUAC